UACAAAGCGUUUCCAUUAGCAACCGGUAUGCUAAAUUGUCUUGGAAAUCUACCGCUAAUGAGUUACACAACCAUCCCUCGAUCCACAGUGAAAUAUAACGUUCAUAAUGUUCACGUAAAGCAAAAGGUAUGGAGAUACAUAUGAAACGAAAGAAAACAGUUCCAACUCAUUACAGUCCGAAUUCGUACCGGAUAUUUAAUAGUGAAAUUAGUGACGCCUCUGUGAAAAACAAACCUGUCAUCAUCAAACGCGUAGAUGACGUUUCAGUUCAUCCCCGUGAACCAGAAAGAAGAAAUUGUCCACACCCCUGGCACAGUCGAUUUUUAAGUCAUAAUGUCAAGAUACUGAACAAGCCAAUUUGUGUAAUGGCAAACAGCGGAAGUCAAUCUGAUCAACAAAAUUGGUGGCCUCACCAGUUAUAUGAUGAACCACAUGUGAUACCACCUUAUUCAUAUUCAACAACGCAAAGAGCAGAUUACCAAAAACACAGUUCUGCUAAACCAGUAAAACUAAUACCCCCUCAAGCAAUAUCAAUACAACAAAAAGAUUCUGCAGUUUUACUUGAAAGAAUUUCCUACAGACAUGAUUACAAUUGCCGGUUACAUCAGAAUGAGCCUAAUCGUGGAAAACUUCAUGGAAGCUUUGUGUGGGAGCCAAUGAAAAACAAAGGAAAAUCACCUACAUCUGGAAAUUCCUUACAAAAAUCAAAAUUAGCAGAUUCUGGUUUAACUGUUAAAUCCAAAGUUAGCAAUUCAAAUGAUUUACAGCAAAAUCCUAGCAAAAAAUGUAUUCCUAAAAAUAAUAAAAUAGUUUUAUCAAAUUCCCCCACAAUGUGAAAACUAAAAUUCCACCAAUAGAUGGUAUUCCUUAAAUUUAGACCGUUUUUU